AUGGCAGUAGCAGGUGGGGCCGAGGUCCUGGCGGCGGCAGUGUGUGCGGCGUACGACGAGCUGCCGCGCAAGGGCAAGCCGAGCGGGCACGAGUGGACGGUGCUGGCGGGCUGGGCAGUCACGCCUGUGCCGCUGUCCGAGGUCUCGGACGCCGACGAAGUGACGGUGUUGGCGAUGGGGACAGGGACCAAGUGCCUGCCGCCGGGGCGGAUGGCUGCAGAUGGCGGCUCGCUGGUCGAUGCGCACGCCGAGGUUGCCGCCAAGCGCGCGCUGCAAGCUGCGCUCAUCGACGCGCUGAGCGGCGAGGGCGUGGUGGAGCUAGUCCCGAUUCCCGGCGCUGCGGCAAGCGAUCCGGGCGCACCGCUCGUCGAGCUUGGUCCUCAGCAGUAUGUGCAUCUGUACGUGUCACAGACGCCAUGCGGCGACGCGUCCAUCUUUGUGACCGACGCCGCGUCGGCGGUCUCGUACGCACCGGCGUCGAAGCGCAAGGCGUUCAAGGGCCUGGACAUGCAGCGGACCGGGGCACGGGCUGUAGGUGGGGCGAGCGGCGAUGCCAAGGAGCCUGGUACCGGGUACCAUACUCCGGGCCUGCUGCGGACCAAGCCUGGGCGCGGCGAGCCAUCACAGUCGAUGUCGUGCUCGGACAAGAUCGCGCGGUGGGUAGCGCUGGGCAUGCAGGGCACGCUGUUGGGCAGCUUGGUGGCACCGAUUCGGCUCUCGUCGAUUGUUGUCGGUGAGUUGUUUGAUCGCCAGGCGCUCGAGCGAGCGCUGGUUACCCGGGUUGCCGCUCUCCUUCCACCAGGCGUGGCGGUGCCUGUUGUUGCUGCGGCGCCAGCGGCAACGUUUGCAGCAUCACGGGCGGCACUGACCACCGUCGGUGGAUAUGACGCUGACGAGCUGACAACGACUGGAGCGAGUGUGGUUGCGUGGCGGAGGCGCGAACGGGCGGCUACAGGUUCGCGGUGGUCGUCGCAUGCUGUGCUCGGGGCGCGGGGUCGGCUGCUCGGGACGACCAAGGCCAAGGCCAAGAAUCUCAGCUCUGCGUCACCUGUUUCGCCUGCGCUGAUGCUGGCGCGGUUUGUGGCGGCAUUGGAGAGUGUGUUUCCCGAGCGGGCGGCGGUGCUGGCGGCGAAAGCCGGCGUCGAGAGUGUUUACGAGGUGCCGUACAAGGCCGAAGUCGGCGCUUGA